UAUACUGGUCCCAGUAAGAUUGAUAUACCUGGUAUGCGCGAUACCCGCCAUAUAUACACCGCAAGUUUCCGGCCCGUUGCAGUUCGUGCGCUUGUGCGAUAUGGAACGUUGGUGCGGAAAGGUGGCCAUUGUGACGGGGGCUAGUGCCGGUAUUGGGGCAUCAAUUGCAGAAAAGCUCGUGGAAGCUGGAGUUAUUGUUGCGGGGUUGGCGAGACGCGUGGAUCGCAUCCAAAGCUUGGCCGACAGGCUAAGUCACCAUCGUGGAAAAUUGCACGCGCUUCAAGCCGAUGUUCGGUUAGAGGAGGAUGUUGUUCGUUCUUUCAAGUGGGUUAAAGAAAAUCUGGGGCCGAUCCAUAUUUUGGUGAACAACGCGGGUAUAGUUCGCAACACGAGUUUAAUUAAUGGCGACGCUGAGUUGUGGAGGCAAACUUUUGAUACAAAUGUGCUUGGUUUGUCAAUUGCAACACGAGAAGCUGUCAAAGAUAUGAGGGCAAAUGGCGUUGUCGGUCAAAUUAUACACAUUAAUAGCAUACUUGGGCACAUUGUCCCAUAUAUAGAAAACUUUAACGUUUACAUAGGAUCUAAACAUGCCGUCACCGCUUUGACCGAAACGUUGAGACAAGAAUUGAAUGCCAUUGGAAGCAAAAUCAAAAUUUCGAUGGUCAGCCCAGGCGUCGUGGACACGGAAUUUCCUUUAGAUUCUGAAAGUCUCGCAAAGCAAUGGAAGCAAAUAGCACAUUUAUCUGCGGAUGAUGUUGCUAACGCUGUAAUGUAUGUUUUAUCAACUCCACCACAUGUCCAGAUUCACGAUAUCAUAAUUAAACCAGUUGGUGAAGUAUUUUAAGUAAUGAAGAGUAAUCGACAGCUUUACCUUCAGGUUGUCAAUGAUGUAAUUAACGCAAUUGUGUUAUAAUGUUAUUCCUCUUAUUAACUAAAGCCAUUAAUUAAAGUGCAAUAUGCUAAAUUUGAAAUUCAUUUGGCCGGCUCUCACGAAUAGCUUUGUUAAUUAUAUUAAUUUGAUCGCACAUUACCUUUACUAUGGCAUAAUUUUUUGUAAGUAAGGAAAAUAAUACUGUAAGUUUAAAUGUUGAUCUGAAAAUUGAUAAGAUUGUUGAAUAAAGUUCAAAGUGUUAAUAAACUCAUAAAAAGCGUUUCAAAAAGC